CUGUUUUUUGUUGUUUAAAAAAACGUGACCAGCCUGUCAAAAACUAGAUUGUUGCUCGCUCUUGCGAUGCGCCCGUAACACUGCAGGAACCGGCUGUAAAUAAGGCGCAGAGGGAGAAGGGUUGAAUCGCAGGCAGAAACUGACCCAAGAGCAGGUGAAAUUGGCCGCAAACUGCGGCUGGAGACGAGCGGUCUCAAAACUCCGCUGAAAUCCCUGCUGCCGAACGACCGAAGCGAUACUUUCAUCAUUAAUGAAUAUUUAAUGAACCGGGGAUUUCUCGGCCCUCGUUUAAACAGACCAGUAUGGGCGUUCGGAUCGUCAUAUACAAAGGCAGCGAGAGCAAGACUUGAUUCACGAAACAAUUAACGCGGAACUGCAAACUGCAACAUUUCUGGGCAAUAAUUUGUAGCGAAUAAGAAAUAUUCAGAUUGUGUGACGGUGGCAGGGAAUUGGACAUAGCACUUCAAUUUCAUCUCAGUAUCUCCUUCCUUGUGUCUGUUUUGUUGACAGUGAAGUUAUUUUCCCCGGUGUUUCUGGAUUAAUAAUUACUUAGUUUUAAUUUAUUGCUAAAUGCAGGUUGGGGAUCGAAAGCAAAUGAUCAGAAUGGUAGAGCCGAUGCCUAGUUAUAGCGAGAUGCUGGUUAAAAGCUUCUCUUGUAUGAACACUGCGAUUGCGGAGUGCAAGGACUGCGGGUUCGAGCUCUCCAAACGGACCCUGUUGGAAAACGCCUCCCUCACUACUACCGAGGGGCUUUUGUUCCUGGUUUGUGCAGUGGGAUGGACCCUCCUACGGAAAGCUGCUUCGCGUUAUCUUUUCCAGCCACUAGCUCACUGGUGCAAUCUACACCCCAGGGAUGCAGCCAAGAUGCCUGAAAGUGCUUGGAAGCUGAUUUUCUACACUGCCUCCUGGUCCUACAGCACCUACCUGCUCUUCCUCACGGACUAUCCCUUUUUCCAUGACCCACCAUCCGUCUUUUAUGAGUGGAGAGCAACAAAUGAUGUCCCAAAGGACAUAGCAAUUGCAUACCUGGUCCAGUGCAGUUUCUAUGGCCAUGCCAUCUAUGCCACAGUUUAUAUGGAUGCCUGGAGAAAGGACUCCGUUGUGAUGUUGAUCCAUCAUGUGAUAACACUGGCUCUUAUUGCCUUCUCCUAUGCCUUCAGGUAUCACAACAUUGGAAUCCUGGUUCUUUUCCUGCAUGAUGUCAAUGACAUUUUGCUUGAAUUCACGAAACUCAAUGUUUACUUCAAAAACCGAGCUGGGGUUCACCACCGACUGAAUGACGUGGCUUCCAAUAUUGGAUGCUGCACCUUUGCUGUGAGCUGGUUCUGGUUCCGUCUUUACUGGUUCCCCCUCAAAGUGCUGUACGCCACCUGUUACUCCAGCCUUCAGUCUGUUCCCAAUAUCCCUUUCUACUUUUUCUUCAACAUUUUGCUGCUUGCCCUCACUCUGAUGAAUAUUUAUUGGUUUCUGUACAUCAUGCUUCUUGUGGUGAAGGUCCUGACUGGCCAGGUAACGGAGGUGAAUGAUGUCCGGGAGUACGACAUUGAGGACAGGCGUAAGCCAAUCAUGCGUAAGGAAUAUGGCCAUCUGAAAAACUCCUCUAAAGAUGGAUGGCACGAGAGAAACGGGAUCAUCAAGGAUAAAUGGUUAUAAUGCAGUGCAGGGACUACUGGACAUUAUAGCCAUCGCCAUGUUUACAAGGACUUCUGAAUCCGGAUUUGGUCAAAAUGAAGGGCUGAUCCUGAUUGACUGGGACUUCCUCGAAUGAGGUCGA